AAAGAUAAUUAAAAAAAGAAAUCCACUUUUUCCAUUUUUUCUUUCCUCCUCUUGACAAAUUCCCCUUUUCAAAUCGACACUUUCUCUUCACUUCACACUUCUCUCUGUUUCUUCCAAAAUUUCUCUCUCUAAACUUCACUUCCUCUCUCCUCCUAAAAAUGGCUUCUCCCAUCCCGGCUGUGCUCCUCGCCUUGGUCAUAGCUCUCCUCCCGCCGGCGACACGGUCCGACGACACCUGCCCCUAUCCCUGUUACCCUCCGCCCACCGGCCCUGGCACCACCACACCGGCGACUCCAUCUCCCCCGUCUCAGCCUGGCUAUAGCUCCUACUCUCCUCCCGCGUACUACUCUCCGCCGGCUGCUUAUUACCCAUAUAACCCGCCGCCGUCGGACGGCAACAGCUUUGACGGCGUCACUCCACCGCCGCCGGACCCUAUUCUGCCGUACUUCCCUUAUUACUAUAAGAAGCCUCCCCACAAACCGGAUGAUGAAUCGGGUGGCUCCGCCGUCGCCGGACGGAAAUCUGAGGUCGGAUUGAUCGCCGGAACUUUUGUGUUUAUUUUUCUCUCUCUCUUCUCCUUCAUUUUGAUGUAUUGAAAAAAAAAAAAAGUAGUUAUCUGCUUUUAAUUUAAUGAAUUAAUUAGAAAUUUUUAUUUA